UGUGUCGAGUAAUUCAAAGUGACUAGUUAGCUGUGUUUUUCAAACAUUCAGUCACAAAAGAGUACGUCAAGAAACAAAUAAAAAGGUGUUAAUAGAUGUGGCGUAGAUGCACUGGAAUAACAAACAAGAUAAAUAUAGUUUUAAUUUAUUUGCACAACGCACUCGUUGAGUCAUCUAGAUAGAGUUUACACCGCUUGGGUACAGAAAACACGAUUAUCAGUGAUCGAAGUGGUACUCAUGUCUAAAAGUGCAAAUAAUGCAGUACUUUCCACAAACAUAGACCCACCGGAUCCGAUUACUAGGUGAUACAAUGAAGAACGUACUACUACUUUUGGCGAUAAUCCACUAUGGGUACAGUUCAAAAAUUUUGGGUAUUUUUCCGGCCCCGUCACGCAGCCACUACAUCCUUGGAAGCGCUCUUAUGAAAGGUUUAGCAGAAAAGGGCCACGAUGUUACCGUAAUCAGCGCCUAUGGUGAGAAGCAACCACCAAAAACUAAAGGAGCGUACCGAGACAUAGUCGUCACGGAACUCCAAAACAGCAUACAAGAAAUGUUCAAGGAACAAAAAAUGGGUAUGCAGGAUCGACAAAACUUGAAUCCCUUUUUUUCGGUCGUUUUCGCUGGGCACAUGUUGCCGAAAAUUAUGGAAAAGGUUUUGAGCAAUGAACAAGUCCAACAACUUAUUCAUUCCGAGGAAAAAUUUGACGCUGUUAUAGUGGAACAAUUUUUGAAUGAUGGACAAAAAGCGUUAGCUACACAUUUCGGAGCGCCUUUGAUAGUACUGAGUACUAUAGGAGGGAACUUUUGGGUCAACACUCUAGUGGGAAAUCCUGCGCCUCCGGCAUACGUUCCUGCGAUGAACCUAGGCUAUACAGUACCGAUGACGUUUCGGGAACGACUUGUAAAUACUCUUUUAACAGCACUCUACGAAGUGUACUAUCACGUGCAUGUGUACCCUAGCGAGAAUGCCCGGAUUAAAAAAUACAUACCAAACGGUCCAGAUAUUUCCGACGUACUUUACAACGUCUCGAUUGUGUUGAUGAAUUCUCACCCGAGUACCAACCAACCGGUGCCGUACGUCCCCAACAUGAUCGACAUUGCCGGCUUUCACAUAAAAGCACCCAAGAAACUACCGCAAGACUUGCAGGAAUUUUUAGACAGCGCGAAAGACGGAGUCAUUUAUUUCAGCAUGGGUUCAAAUCUAAAAAGUGCCGAUUUCCUACCAGAGCAACGAGACGCAGUACUAAAAACGUUUUCGAAAUUGAAAGAAAAAGUUCUGUGGAAGUGGGAAGACGAUGUUCUACCGGGACAACCUAAGAACGUCAAGCUAUCGAAAUGGUUGCCCCAACAGGACAUUCUCGCGCACCCAAACGUCAAACUUUUUAUCACACAUGGCGGGUUUCUGAGUACUUCUGAGACUAUCUACCACGGGGUGCCAGUCCUGGCCAUUCCGAUAGUUGGUGAUCAAAAACUGAACGCCAAAACCGCUGUGGAUAACGGUUUUGGGCUUGCGUUGUCCUACGACGAGCUGACUGAAGAAAAGUUUGCUCAAAGUGUUCACGAAAUUUUGACCAACUCCAAAUAUCGAACUAAUGCGAAAAAGAGGUCCGAGCUUUUCCAUGAUCGUCUGGUGGGUCCAAUGGAUACCGCAAUCUACUGGAUCGAGUAUGCCAUUCGUCAUAAAGGAGCACCACACUUGAGAGUCGCAGCUGUGGAUCUACCCUGGUACCAAUAUCACUUACUGGAUGUCAUGGGUUUUCUGGUUUUAGUUAGUUUGAGUUUUGUGGUGGUUUCGUAUUAUGUAGUUAAAGUAGUUUGCAAAAAAUUAUAUUCCAAGCCAAAAACCAAUAAGGUAAAAAAACACUAAACUUGUUUUUGAAGUACCGAUGUUUGUCAGGAUAUGACUGUGCCAAUAAAUUCUAAUAUAAAGUAAA